GAAAGUAAAAACCCCUUAUCCCCAGCAGCAGAACAUCAGAAAGGAUGAUGAGCCUCUCCAUAGCCUCGCCUUCUGGUGCUACCUUCACUCCGAAAAUUAACCUCUCAAAGUCCUCCUUCCAUAGCAUUCGAAUUGCUCAAGCCUCUCCGGCGCGUGCACCAAGCGCGUCCACAAUCAGGACCACUCACUCUUGUUCAUCUUUGGUGGUGAAAAUGGCAAAGAGAGAAGAGGAAUUGAAGGAAAUUAGAACUAAAACUACUGAAGAGCUUCUGGAAGAGAUUGUAGACCUCAAAGGAGAGCUCUUCAUGCUUCGUCUUCAGAGGUCGGCGAGAAAUGAGUUUAAGUCCAGCGAGUUUCUUCGAAUGCGCAAAAGGAUUGCUAGGAUGGUUACGGUUAAACGGGAGAGAGAGCUCGAAGAAGGGAUUAACAAGAGGAUAUCCAGGAAGCUUGACCGGAAAUGGAAGAAAAGCAUUGUCCCUAGACCACCCCCCUCUUUGAAGAAGCUACAAGAGGAGGAGGCAGCAGCAGAAGCUAAGGAAUCUGCCUGAUUUUAAGACACUUAAAUCAGCAGGCAAAUGUUAUGUUUUCUUUUCUGGAUUCUCCUCUUGCUUCCCUGUACGUAUAGUCUAUAACUGCUCCUGAGUUUUUGUAUAAAACCAAGUUAAGUUGCGAUCAUUCUUAUUAUGUUCUCAAUCACCGAGGAUGGUGUCCUUUUUCUUCAUGCACCUGAAUGGUGAAAUCUGUUUUUGUUU